AUGCCAAAACGCCGUGCAAAGCAAGCAUGCCUCCACUGUAGAAGUAGAAAGAUCCGUUGCGACCUGGCCUUUGGAGGUUCGCCCUGUCUAAAUUGUCGUUUGGAUGAGGUCCACUGCGAGAUCAGGGGCCGAAAGCCAAAGCGAAAGCUCGAAACAAAACAGGCCCAAGUUACCAUUAAGACCAACACUAGCUCUGCGAUCACUAUUCCCAACGACAUCUGGCUACAAGAUGGCAUGUUUACAACUAGCAACGAUUCUUUCUUGGGAGACUCCCCAUUCUCAUUCUCGAAUCCCUCACCAUUCUGUCUUGACAACAAGCAAAUGGAAUCAACUAAUGCUAGGUCGGAAGGCGAUAGCGCGGCGUCGAAGGCGACAGAUGACCGCCUUGCGUUUAUAAGUAAACCGGAUCUGAGUGGGCUUCCUGCAGAUGACGUUGGCCUUUUACGACAGCACGGAUGCCUCAACGUUCCGCCCAGACAUAUACUAGAUGAAUUUAUUCGAGAAUACUUUCUACACGUGCACCCAAUGCUACCCUUGAUGGAUGAGUCUGUGUUUUGGGAACAGUAUGGACAGAAGACGAAUAAGUUGUCUCUAUUUUUGAUCCAGGCGAUGCUGUUUACCUCUUGCAGCUUCGUGCCUGAAUCUGUAACGAAAGAAUUGGGGUUUGAAUGCCCCCGCCUUGCCGCUGCGAGGUUUUACCAACGAGCCAAGGUAACUUUCUUCUCGUCACUCAACACUGACGCACGGGGCGCUUUGCUGCUUACCUUUUUACCUGUUUCCUCUGGCAACGAUCACCCAACACCUAACUCAGUAUGGUUGACAAGAGCGAUCAAACACGCCGAAAGCCUUAGUGCCAAUCAUGUAAGGCACAUCAGUGAACCAGACACAGCUUCACUAAAACGUCUCUGGUGGUGUUGCAUCAUCCGUGAUCGCAGUAUUUCUCUCGGACAAAGGCGAUGCGUACAGAUUCCGGGGGAAUACCCGCUUCCAGUGGAAGAAGACUUUAGCUCUGAGUUCAACGGUUCUUUGGUCUAUACGCCGCACACAAAAGCCCAGCUAUUCAGGAUAUUCCGUCGAUUAAUGGAGUUUUGCUACACGGUAGUAGAUUUGCUUCAGCUUAUGGCUCGACAUCGCAGUGCUUCACGUAACCUGGAGACUGUAUGUGCUGAUGAUCGCGCAAUUCUAUCCAGAUGCAGAGAUGAUCUUUCGGCCUGGUUCAGUGCCACCGGAGAAGAAUUCCUCAAUUUAGGCCACGGAGGUGAACAACGACAUCCGUCUGUCAUUGUCUACACAAACUUCAUAUACAUACAAUACUAUACCGCCAAACUGCUCCUCCAUCAUCAGAAGCUCAUCUUUGAUGUUGGUUUGUCUGAUUGGGCCGAGUUCCUCCCCUCUACCCUGGUCGAUGAGGUUCGUUCUGCUACCUUUCGCUUUAUCGACCAUCUUUCAGAGCCUGUUAGACUUGGUCUUGCACGCUUUUUGCCCAUCAGUGUGGCUGCCUUUGCCGCUGUUCCCAUAGCGAUGCAUGUAUUCGAAGCUAGGCUCGGCGGUCAUGCCACAGAAAAUCAGAGGCGGCUUUGCAUACUGAUCGAAAUGUUGGAGGCAUAUCAGCCCCGGUUUGAGGGUAUCGAACCUCUGGGCCUUCUGGUCCGCCAAACUGUCAGCUCGGUCGAGAGUGGUCUGACGAGUCAAUGGAAGGGCUGCCUACGAAGCUGGACAGACAUUAUAGCCUAUCAGCCAUACCAGUAUUUGAGCUGUACGUCAGAGAUGGAACGAGUUCUGUGCUCUUCACAAUCGCUGCAAGGCUGUACCAUGUCGAGCAGUAGUUGGUCUGCUAUGAUGGAAUACUGCCGCCCCUCGAAAACCGCGAUCUCACCGAAUGUUUCUGAUGCUGUUGAGGGUCUGGAAAGUAUUAAUUGCCUUGGUUCUCUCGAUUUGGUAACAGAAACGGACGAAUCUAGUACAUCUCCGUCUGAUGGACAGGUAUCUGAUUUAUAUAGCCUGGACUGGGAUCCAUUUGCUAGCAUGGAGCUUGAAGAUAGAGAGCUAGACAGCAGUGAAGAUGGAGUGGACCUCUUGGACGAGAUAUUAAAAGACUUUUAG